UAGUUUUGAGUCUUUUGACUAGCUAUCGAGAGUAAAAGGAUCAAUCCUAGAAGGUAGAUACAUACAGGACGGACCAAAACAACAGAAACACCUAACAAAAACAACCUAAACCAAAAGCACCCUAUUCAGAAUGGAUUUCUUAACAGAGCUUGCAGAAGAUCAGCUUCAUGUCUUAACCCUUUGCCACCAUAAAUUCUUGCAUUCCUGUCAAGCCAAAUAUGAUACACAGUAGCCUUCAAAGCCAGCUUACCCGACCAAAAGAGAGAGAUUGGAUUAACAACAUCUCUUUCUUUCUUUUCUUGUGUCCCAAUGCACUACCAUCUCCCCAAAACCCGUUUUUUGUUGUACCAUCACUUCCAUGCUCUGACAUUGAGUUAAGUUCAACUAGACUCUAGAAAUAAGUACACCUUUCUUAAGCUGUUCAAAAACAAGAAUAAUGACACUCUAUAUGCCUCUAUUCAGGUCUUGUACCACUUUAAGAACACUAACCCAACUCCAUGCCCAUCUCUUUGUCACUGGCCUCCAAAAAGACCCACCUGCCUCCACCAAACUAGUUGAAUCUUAUUCUCAAAUGGGUGACCUCCAAACUUCAAGACUGGUCUUUGAGACCUUCCCUUCCCCAGAUUCUUUCAUGUGGGGGGUACUUAUUAAGUGUUAUGUUUGGAACCACUUCUUUGAAGAGUCCAUUUCAUUGUAUCAUAAAAUGUUGUACCAUCAAGUCCAGGUCAAUGGAUUUAUAUAUCCUAACAUUUUGAGAGCUUGUUCUGGUUUUGGUGAUCUGGGUAUUGGUGGGAAGGUCCAUGGGAGGAUAAUCAAAUGUGGGUUUGAUACUGAUGCUAUUGUUGAAACUUCAUUGCUUAGUAUGUAUGGUGAAAUGGGAUGCUUAUAUAAUGCACGUAAGAUAUUUGAUGGAAUGCCGAUGAAAGACGUGGUUCUGUGGAGUUCAAUUAUAUCGUGUUGCGUUGAGAAUGGAGAGGCAAGUGAAGGGUUGGAUUUGUUUCAUAGGAUGAUUUGUCAAGGUGCUGAACCAGAUUCGGUGACAAUGCUUAGUGUAGCUGAGGCUUGCGGUGACUUGGGUAUUCUAAGACUAGCAAGGUUAGUUCAUGGUCAAGUUGUGACAAGGGCAAUUAAAAGUGAAGGGUCUUUGGAUAAUUCUUUAAUUGUAAUGUAUACUAAAUGUGGUGAUUUACAUAGUGCAGAGAAGAUCUUUCGAAAUGUUACUCAACGGCAUAUUGCUUCUUGGACUGCAAUGAUUACAUGCUACAACCAAACUGGUUGCUUCCAAGAAGCAAUAGAUGUUUUUCUUGAGAUGCAAGAGUCUAGAGUGGAACCCAAUUCAGUAACCAUGAUGGUUGUCAUAUGUUCUUGUGCUAGGUUAGGUUUGCUUAGAGAAGGGAAGUCAGUUCAUUGCUUUGUAAUUAGAAAAGCGUUAGAUGCUGACCUUGAUUUUGUUGGGCCAGCAUUAAUAGAAUUAUAUGCUGAAUUUGGAAAGCUAAAUUAUUGUGAGGAGGUUCUUCGUGUAAUUGGGGAGAGAAAUAUCAUCUCAUGGAACAUGCUAAUAUCUCUUUAUGCUCAAAAAGGAUUGUUGAAGGAGGCAUUAGUGGUAUUUGUGCAGAUGCAGACACGGGGACUGAUGCCAGAUUCAUAUGGCCUGGCAAGUUCUCUUUCAGCUUGUGGAAGUGUGAGUUCAAUACAGCUUGGAUAUCAGAUUCAUGGUCAUGUUAUCAAAAGAGGUAUUUUGGAUGAGUUUGUCCAGAAUUCUCUAAUUGAUAUGUACUCGAAAUGUGGCCUUGUGAAUUGUGGAUACAAGAUAUUUGAAACGAUUGAACAGAAAAGUGUGAUAACUUGGAAUUCUAUGGUUUGUGGAUUUUCUCAGAAUGGUAAUUCAGAAGAGGCAAUCAGGUUGUUUGAUCAAAUGUAUAUGAAUGGAAUUGAGAUGAAUGAAGUGACUUUCUUAAGUGUAAUUCAAGCUUGCUCCCAUUUGGGUCAUCUAGAAAAAGGAAAAUGGGUUCACCACAAGCUCAUUACUGGUGGUUUGAAGAAAGAUCUUUAUGUAGAUACAUCUCUAACUGACAUGUAUGCCAAGUGUGGAGAUCUUCAAGCAGCCCAAGGAGUUUUCAAUAGCAUCUCAGAGCGAAGCGUGGUUUCAUGGAGUGCCAUGAUUGCUGGCUAUGGAAUACAUGGUCAGAUAAAUGCUGCCAUCUCACUCUUCAAUCAGAUGGUAGAUUCAGGAAUAAAACCAAAUGAAGUCACCUUCAUGAACAUUCUAUCAGCUUGUAGUCAUGGAGGAUCUGUGGAAGAAGGUAAGUUAUAUUUUAGCUCAAUGAGGGAUUUUGGCAUCAAGCCUAAUACAGAACAUUUUGCUAGUGUAGUUGACCUUCUAAGCCGAGCUGGUGAUCUCAAUGGAGCAUAUGAAAUUAUCAGAUCAAUGCCAUUUCAUGUGGAUGCUAGCAUCUGGAGUGCUCUGCUAAAUGGGUGUCGAAUCUACAGGAGGAUGGACAUGAUUAAAAGCAUAGAAAGUGAACUUGUAGAUAUUAGUACAAAUGAUACUGGAUACUACACCUUAUUAUCUAACAUAUAUGGAGAAGGGGGUGACUGGGAUGAAUUUGGGAAGGUGAGGUCAAUGAUGAAAGGUCUAACAAAGGUUCCAGGGUGGAGUACAAUUGAACUUGAUAAGAGAGUCUACAGAUUUGGAGCUGGAGACACUUCUCAUUUGCAAACCAAUGAAAUAUACAGGAUUUUGGAUAAUUUUCCAACUUUGGCUCUUGAACAAGGAUGUGAUGUAGAAUAUAGAUAAGGUCAACAUCUAAUUUUUCUCCAAGGUAUUUUUUACAGUUCACAGUGAGAAGUUAGCAAUUGAAUUUGGAAUAAAUCAAUAUCACUCCAGGAACAACACUAUAGAUUUUAAAGAACCCUAAUGUUUGUAGAAAGUCAUUCUUUCAUCAACAUUGUGCAAGUCAAAGGCAGAGAGACCAUCUCACAAAACGUGAUUUGCUUUCAUUUUUUCAUGUAACAUGGUUGCUCUUUUACAAAUCAAGACAUUAAACAAGCUAGUUUUACGUAUAGUGCACUAUAUACAUUUUGCUUACUCCUAAUUUGGGAGGAAAUGAAGGGAAGAA